GAUCAUAUCAACAAUCAAAAGAUGCUUCGGAGUAAUAUAAGGAGUAGCAUUGCAAAAUGUAGUCGAUCCAUAAGGCCAUCCUCAAGGCUUUAUCGUCAAACAAUUAAAUGCUCAAUCAACAUACAGCAUCAUCACUUCCACCACUCACCUAACGCUCCACUUUGGGAAUCAAGAUCACUUCGGCUGCAGCCUCAAGGGAGGCCAAAUGCUCUAAAGAUUCAACAGAGAUACUACGCAUCUGAACCAGAAGAGUCAGACGCAGUCAUUGGGUUACUAAAUCUAGUCGUACGCAAGCGAGAUCUGCUGAUCGAACAAGAGAGACAGGGAAAAGGUGACGUCGCAACAGCCAAAGCAAUCGGAGAAUUAGAUCAAGCGCAAAAGCUUCAUAAAGAAUGGAAAGAGAUACAAAAAACUGCAGCAAACCUGCUGAGUAUGACCGAUCCAGCCGUUGAACCUGAUGAGGAUUUACGUCAAAUGGCCGUUGCAGAAGCAGAAUCAACUUUGCAGGUAAUUGAUGAAUUACGAAAGAAUAUUAGGGCGGCAAUUAUUCCUCAAGAGCCAGUCGACAAUCAAUCUGCAAUUAUUGAGAUUAGACCUGGUGUUGGCGGUCAAGAAUCAUGCAUCUUUACUGCGGAAUUGGCAAGAAUGUAUACACGAUUUUGUCAAAAUGUCGAAUUAAGCUUUGAUGGUAUCCCAAGUGGCUUGCAGGUAGAAGAACUUUCGGUCACCCCAGCUGAUGCCCAUGCCACCGGUGGAACAGAUGCAUACAAGGAAGUCUUACUUUCAGUCAAAGGUCGUGGUGCAUAUGGCUUACUACGUCAUGAAGCUGGCGUUCAUCGUGUUCAACGUGUGCCUACAACGAUUGCAAUUAAUAAAUUACAAAGCAGCACAAUCGCAAUCGUUGUGUUACCAUCUGCUGAUGAUGACAAGAGCUCGAGCAGUAAAGCGUCUUUAGAUGAUCUAGUGGAUCCAAAAGAUGUCAAGGAAGAAGUAAUGCGAAGUCGUGGUGCUGGCGGACAACAUGUGAACAAGACUGAAUCUGCUAUUCGAUUAACACAUGAACCUACCGGAAUAACUGUUUCCAUGCAAGAUUCACGAUCACAACAUCAAAAUCGUACAAAAGCAUGGGAAAUCUUACGUGCUAGACUUUUAGAUCGAAAGAUGCGUGAAGAACAAUCUCAAGUUCGUGACGUUCGAAAGAGUCAAAUUGCCUCGAUGAACAGAAUGGAUAGAAUUCGUACGUUCAAUUAUCAACAAGAUCGCGUAACGGAUCAUCGGAUUCCUGUUUCUACCAAUGGACUGGAUGAUAUACUGGAAGGAGAUACCAAGAACGGUGGCUUGCAGUACCUGAUCGAUUCGUUGAAGGAUCAUUACGACAAUUUGAUGAUCGAUGGACUUAGAAAGGAGAUCGAAGAGGAAAUUAAGCAAUUGGCAAGCUCUCUAGGAAAAUGAUUAAAAUAUUGCCCAUCUGAUAAGCACAAAUUCGCACACAAGACUUGUACAAUAUAAAUAGAUACCAUUUUUAUUGCAAUUGGCAUGCUGUAAUGAUACAUCACUUC